AACAUGAUUAUCAUUUUCCAUUGAGCUUUUAAAUUUGUUAGCUUUCUCCCGCGCUAAUGUAAGGUUCCCGUCUUUGCAACCAGCUGUAUUCUCUUCUGUGAACUCCUUGUCCGCUGGAAAAUCUGUUCAACUGACUGCCCAGUUUUCAAUCAAAACAGAAAAAUGUCUGGAGCUGCAGGAACCGUUGGCCGACCGAUGAAGUACCCCUACACCUUGUCCGCGAAAAUAGCCCAGUUCCCUUUCAAAUGGCACGUCAACAACCAGUGGAUCUGGAAGUACUACCUCAUUGGAGUAGCUGUCUGCACCCCUCUUUUCUACAAAAUCCAGAAGGGUGCCAACUCACCCGCCAACAAGGCUAAGUGGGCCGAGUCUCAAAAGAAGUCUGGCCAUUAAGUCCUCUCGUGAGCUAAUUGUGUACAUUAAAAAUGCCGAUUUCAGCUGGUAGAAUGGAAAAGCGAAAAUAAAUGUUAUGUUCUAGUUAAGAA